ACGUUUGUGUUUUAAAAAUGUUAAAGUAGUAUUGUGUUUUAACUAUAAUGAAAUUCAAAACUUAAUUUUUUUUAAAUAAAAUAAAAAUUUUUUAUACGAUAAUAAUAUUGUGUGUUAUGUAUUUUUAAUGUUUUACUGAAACUUCGUGCUGAUUGAGUCUUACGAAUUAUUCAUAAGGUAUAUAAUAUAGACAAUUACAAGCAAUUUAAAAUGGAACAAUGGAAAAAAGUGUGCUACUAUGUAAGUGUAUUUGUGGUACUUCGGGAAAUGCGCCCUCUGGAAACAUUUAUUAUCACAUAUAUCAUGUCUUUAUCGGAUGAAUACUCCAUCGCUACGAUCAAAUCAGAAAUGUUCCCUCUGAGUAUCUACAUCAGCGUGCUCCUCAUAAUUAUAUGUUUUCUAAUUACCGAUUAUCUACGAUACAAACCGAUCAUUAUAAUGAAUGGAUUAUGUGGUAUUACAUACUUUUCCUUACUACUGGGAUCGCCAAAUAUUAUUGUUCUCAACAUAAGUCAAAUAUUUCACUCGAUAUUUAGAGCUUCCGAAAUUGCACAUUUUUCGUACAUGUUUGCCAAAAUCAACGACAAAAAUCAAUAUCAAAUCGCAAACAGUAGAGUGAGAACUGCAUUGAUGAUCGGCAAGUUCAGCUUCAGCUUACUAGCUCAAGUUCUUUUAUCCACCGAAUUAGCUACGUACACGGAUUUGCUCUAUUUAAGUAUUUUCGGUAUGAGUCUUUGUACGCUUUGGGCGUGUAUCAUGCCUUCGGUAAAUAUUAGCAUGUAUUUUUACAAAGAAACUGUUUCUGACAAUAUGACCGUGGGAAAAAAUCAAGAAACCAUCCAAAUGAAAAACUUUGAUACCAAUGAUUUAUUUGAUGGCUUAAAACCAGUUAACAAUAAAAUGAAGUGGUCCGAAGUUUUGUGGAAACUAAGCGAAGAUUUCAAAAUGGCAUAUACCGACUUGAACGUUGUGAAAUGGUCAAUUUGGUGGGCAAUGACUCUAACCGGCUACAUACUGGUGAUGCAAUACAUGCAACUAAUAUGGCAGGAAAUUUAUUCAAUUGAUAAUCACACGCCGUUAAUGAACGGAGCAGUUGAAUCAGCGGCGACACUCUUAAGUGCUGCUGCGACGUACACUUUAGGUAGAAUGCGUGCCGACUGGGACAAAUACGGAGAGCUGUGCAUGUCUAUUGUAGCUUUUGGUCAGGCUGUAUUGUUGUAUUUGUUGGCUUUCACGAAUUCUCUGAAACAUUCGUAUAUUUAUUAUAUAAUGUUUUGCUGUUCAUAUCAGACGAUGUUAACAAUAUCAAGCGCAGAAGUAGCCAAGUUUCUCAAGAGAGAUUGCUUCGCUUUAAUAUUUGGUUUCAAUAAGUUCAUCGCCUACAUUUUAAUCACCGUGUUCACAGCAAUCGUUGUGGAAGACACGUUUUUCAAUUUGCACAUUCGACAACAGUUCUUCAUCUACAGCGUUUAUUACGGUGUACUGGGCUGCUUGUUUAUAUCGUUGGCGAUUAUCACACUGACAAUGAGACUAACGCGGAAAACUCAUGCAGAACCGAGACAAUCCAGUGUGCAUUGACAUAAUUUGUCUAUAACUAAUAAACUGGUAUUUUGUAACUAAUUUUGUAUACAUUGAGUGAGUAUAGAAAAAAAAUGUUAUAACAUUUAGGUCUUAUACAUUUUUUGGUACUGAAUAUAAAAUUUUGUUUUAAAAAAAAAAAUACUAUUUGAAACAUUAUAAUAUGCGACGUGGUCUAUGUAAAAAUAUCAACAAUAUUAUAAUAUAAUAUAAUAUUCUCAAAUAUUAUAUAUUAGUAUAAUAUAAUAGUUCAAUGUCAAAACUCGAUUUACCGACCGUACCGAAUGAUAUAAUAGCAUUGCACAACAUAAUUUUUUAGAACAUUAUAAUAAUAAUUGUUAUAAAUUAUAGUGUACUGAUUUUAUAAAACAUUUAUGUUGUAAUAAUAUUGUAAUGUAAAACAUAAUAAGUACAGCUGCAUUGUGCUCUGUGCGCAGUUGUUUAGUGUACAUUAAAAAUUAAUUUAUCGACCCGAGUGGUUUUUAAUUGAAAGUACAUAUUGUUGAGGUCAUAAUAA